AUACCGGAUGUUUAAAACGGAUUUGGUUUUGAGUUUUGCAACUUUUCCCGGAAGAAGUUUUUUCCAACAUGGUGGACACAGGUGGUGUCCUCGGCUAUUUUCUAGCGAUUUUACUGUAUAUAGACAGAGUGGCAUGUAGUUCGCUCUCUGUGGAGGAGUGUAGAAGUCUCGGAUUUGUAACAACAGACCUGAUCUGCGGUGCUUGUGAUGAACUGGAUCAGUUUAACUUAUCUUCAUUAAAAGAGAGUUGUUUGAAGUGUUGUCAAAAAGAAGAUACAGAAAAUGAAGCUUUAAAAGUUUAUCCAUAUGCUGAGUUGCAUGUCUGCAACUGAAAAUUGGGACGGUUCCCACAAGUGCAAGCAUUUGUGAAGUCGGACCGUCUAAAGCAAUUUCCUCGUCUAACAGUGAGGUACAUGCGGGGUAUGGAUCCCACAAUCAAACUGAUGGACGAAAACCGUAAUGUUGUUGAAGAGCUUGGGAUAGAUAAAUGGAACACAGACUCUGUGGAAGCAUUUUUCCAAGAAAGAUUACAAAAGUAAUCAAUGUUUGAUCAUAUUCAUUUUUCAUUCACCAAAAACAUUUACAGAAGCAUGUUGAUAAAUAGAACUUGCAUUCAAGGACCACACUUUUGGAAUUUUUGUAACUUUUAUUACCUUUGAAAAAAAAAAAAGAACAGUCACAAUAAGAAAAAUUGUAUGUAUUUUUUUUUUAUUUAGAAUGCAUAACAUGAUUUUUGUGAGUUCAGAUUCUGUUUUGGAUUUGAAUUAUUAUUUUUUAUCUUUGACAUUAAAGCAACACAUAUGUAUCUGUUUCACAUAAAUGUACAACAAAUUCACAUUAGUGUAAAUGUACUUUAAAAAAAUUAUAUCAUUUCCAUUGUUCAUAAAUCCAGUGGUUUCCAUUUGAAAGAGAAUAAUUUUUUUAAAACAUUGAUUUUCAUGUAUAACACAGAGCAGGUUUGCAAAGGCAGUGCUUUUCUCUUUGUUUGUAAAGACCCAGCUGGGCUCUUGGAACAAUCCAAUUACGGUAAUCAUAGACUUGUAAAUAUUCAAAAUUUUAGACUUGUAAAUAUGCAAAGCAUGUAUCCCAAAAAAGCGGAUUUACUCGUUUAAUAUUAGUCUAUUAAAUCUGCACAGCAUAUUAUAGAGAGGUGGAUUUACAAAUCUAUGGUUUUAAUCUUGGAUUUGUAAAUCUGCAAAUCAUGUUUAAGAGGAGCUUAUUUACAAGUCUACCAUAAUCUUAAUGAAAUUGAUUCCUGGAACAGUGUGACUGUGGGCCUGCUUCAAUGAAGGCAGGGCAGGAAACCUGGCAAAAGGUAGGCCUUGCUGGAUCUCAGGUCCCAAGUCAGGCUGUUCAGGGUGUUGUCUGGUUUUGCCCAAACAAAGGUUCUGCAUUGUGACAGUUGUUGAAUAAAGAAAUAAAGAUUUUAUAAAUAAUACAUAAAUGA